CGGCUUGAAAAAAAAAAAAAAGAGGGAAAAAAAAAAGAAAUAGAAAUAGAAAAAAGAAAAAAUAUCCCUCAGUAAAAGUUUAAGGCGAGAAGUGUCAGAGGCAGCGGAGCGAGGAGGCGCGGAGGAGAGCCGGCGAGCAGGGGACUGGGCUGGCACGACCUCCGAAGGCUGAGAUCUCAUUAUUAAUAUCACUAUAUUUUUGGAGGGAGAGGCACCUUUCUCAUCCUCUCUUCCUCUCCGCCCACCCUUACUCCCUCCCCCUCAUCUACCUGUCAAAGUCACUGAUCUUUUGCAUUUCGGAAGAGGACGUCAACGGGAAGGAAUUCCCCCUCUGGGUGCCGGCUCCGAGAGGGGGCGACUUGCAGGAGGCUCCCCCCGGGGGCGGAGGCGAAGGGUGUUGGUGCCAGAAGAAAAGAAUGAUUGAUGGGAAACAGACACCGGGCUAUAGACACUCAUCCUUUUGCUUCAGACACUGAUAUCUCAGCCUGCCUGAGCAUCCCUUGUGAGCUGUGAACAUUGAGGAUCACUCAGGGUUAUCGGAUGUACAACGGGAGAGCCAUCACUUUGCUAAAUUAUUAUCUGCAGUUGGACAUCUUUUACAAAAACCAAACUAGACCUGAGUCUAAUAGAUAUGUUCUAAGACAAAGAAAAAGCUGCAAGUUGUUAACGCCUAACACACAAGUAUGUUAGGCUUCCACCAAAGUCCUCAAUAUACCUGAAUACGCACAAUAUCUUAACUCUUCAUAUUUGGUUUUGGGAUCUGCUUUGAGGUCCCAUCUUCAUUUAAAAAAAAAUUACACAGACCUACCUACCCGUACGCAUACAUACAUAUGUGUAUAUAUAUGUAAACUAGACAAAGAUCGCAGAUCAUAAAGCAAGCUCUGCUUUAGUUUCCAAGAAGAUUACAAAGAAUUUAGAGAUGUAUUUGUCAAGAUUCCUGUCGAUUCAUGCCCUUUGGGUUACGGUGUCCUCAGUGAUGCAGCCCUACCCUUUGGUUUGGGGACAUUAUGAUCUGUGUAAGACUCAGAUUUACACGGAAGAAGGGAAAGUUUGGGAUUACAUGGCCUGCCAGCCGGAAUCCACGGACAUGACAAAAUAUCUGAAAGUGAAACUCGAUCCUCCGGAUAUUACCUGUGGAGACCCUCCUGAGACGUUCUGUGCAAUGGGCAAUCCCUACAUGUGCAAUAAUGAGUGUGAUGCGAGUACCCCUGAGCUGGCACACCCCCCUGAGCUGAUGUUUGAUUUUGAAGGAAGACAUCCCUCCACAUUUUGGCAGUCUGCCACUUGGAAGGAGUAUCCCAAGCCUCUCCAGGUUAACAUCACUCUGUCUUGGAGCAAAACCAUUGAGCUAACAGACAACAUAGUUAUUACCUUUGAAUCGGGGCGUCCAGACCAAAUGAUCCUGGAGAAGUCUCUCGAUUAUGGACGAACAUGGCAGCCCUAUCAGUAUUAUGCCACAGACUGCUUAGAUGCUUUUCACAUGGAUCCUAAAUCCGUGAAGGAUUUAUCACAGCAUACGGUCUUAGAAAUCAUUUGCACAGAAGAGUACUCAACAGGGUAUACAACAAAUAGCAAAAUAAUCCACUUUGAAAUCAAAGACAGGUUCGCGUUUUUUGCUGGACCUCGCCUACGCAAUAUGGCUUCCCUCUACGGACAGCUGGAUACAACCAAGAAACUCAGAGAUUUCUUUACAGUCACAGACCUGAGGAUAAGGCUGUUAAGACCAGCCGUUGGGGAAAUAUUUGUAGAUGAGCUACACUUGGCACGCUACUUUUACGCGAUCUCAGACAUAAAGGUGCGAGGAAGGUGCAAGUGUAAUCUCCAUGCCACUGUAUGUGUGUAUGACAACAGCAAAUUGACAUGCGAAUGUGAGCACAACACCACAGGUCCAGACUGUGGGAAAUGCAAGAAGAAUUAUCAGGGCCGACCUUGGAGUCCAGGCUCCUAUCUCCCCAUCCCCAAAGGCACUGCAAAUACCUGUAUCCCCAGUAUUUCCAGUAUUGGUAAUCCUCCAAAGUUUAAUAGGAUAUGGCCGAAUAUUUCUUCCCUUGAGGUUUCUAACCCAAAACAAGUUGCUCCCAAAUUAGCUUUGUCAACAGUUUCUUCUGUUCAAGUUGCAAACCACAAGAGAGAUUGUGAAUGCUUCGGCCACUCCAAUCGAUGCAGUUAUAUCGAUCUGCUAAAUACAGUCAUUUGCGUGAGCUGUAAACACAACACUAGAGGGCAGCACUGUGAGUUAUGCAGGCUGGGCUACUUCAGAAAUGCUUCUGCACAACUGGACGAUGAGAAUGUGUGCAUAGAGUGUUAUUGUAACCCUUUGGGCUCAAUCCAUGAUCGUUGUAAUGGCUCAGGAUUUUGUGAGUGUAAGACUGGAACAACAGGGCCUAAGUGUGAUGAGUGUCUGCCGGGAAAUUCCUGGCACUACGGCUGUCAACCGAAUGUCUGCGACAACGAGCUCCUGCACUGCCAGAACGGAGGGACGUGCCACAACAACGUGCGCUGCCUGUGCCCGGCCGCAUACACGGGCAUCCUCUGCGAGAAGCUGCGGUGCGAGGAGGCUGGCAGCUGCGGCUCCGACUCUGGCCAGGGCGCGCCCCCGCACGGCUCCCCAGCGCUGCUGCUGCUGACCACGCUGCUGGGAACCGCCAGCCCCCUGGUGUUCUAGGUGUCACCUCCAGCCACACCGGACGGGCCUGUGCCGUGGGGAAGCAGACACAACCCAAACAUUUGCUACUAACAUAGGAAACACACACAUACAGACACCCCCACUCAGACAGUGUACAAACUAAGAAGGCCUAACUGAACUAAGCCAUAUUUAUCACCCGUGGACAGCACAUCCGAGUCAAGACUGUUAAUUUCUGACUCCAGAGGAGUUGGCAGCUGUUGAUAUUAUCACUGCAAAUCACAUUGCCAGCUGCAGAGCAUAUUGUGGAUUGGAAAGGCUGCGACAGCCCCCCAAACAGGAAAGACAAAAAACAAAUCAACCGACCUAAAAACAUUGGCUACUCUAGCGUGGUGCGCCCUAGUACGACUCCGCCCAGUGUGUGGACCAACCAAAUAGCAUUCUUUGCUGUCAGGUGCAUUGUGGGCAUAAGGAAAUCUGUUACAAGCUGCCAUAUUGGCCUGCUUCCGUCCCUGAAUCCCUUCCAACCUGUGCUUUAGUGAACGUUGCUCUGUAACCCUUGUUGGUUGAAAGAUUUCUUUGUCUGAUGUUAGUGAUGCACAUGUGUAACAGCCCCCUCUAAAAGCGCAAGCCAGUCAUACCCCUGUAUAUCUUAGCAGCACUGAGUCCAGUGCGAGCACACACCCACUAUACAAGAGUGGCUACAGGAAAAAAGAAAGUGUAUCUAUCCUUUUGUAUUCAAAUGAAGUUAUUUUUCUUGAACUACUGUAAUAUGUAGAUUUUUUGUAUUAUUGCCAAUUUGUGUUACCAGACAAUCUGUUAACGUAUCUAAUUCGAAUCAGCAAAGACUGACAUUUUAUUUUGUCCUCUUUCGUUCUGUUUUGUUUCACUGUGCAGAGAUUUCUCUGUAAGGGCAACGAACGUGCUGGCAUCAAAGAAUAUCAGUUUACAUAUAUAACAAGUGUAAUAAGAUUCCACCAAAGGACAUUCUAAAUGUUUUCUUGUUGCUUUAACACUGGAAGAUUUAAAGAAUAAAAAUUCCUGCAUAAACGA